CUGCGGAGCACUAUGAAGCAGGGCGUCAUGGCAAUUGCUUGGGACGAAGGAAUUGGACGAAUAUUUUUUGCUACUUCACAUGACACCCGGCUAUAUAUCCUGGAUGUUGCCAAAGCUCCGAAAGAAGACCAAAACAGGUCAGAGGUUACCUCUUCCCUUGGAAGACGAACGCAUGCUUGAACUUUGAGAAAUAUACCUACUCAAACGUGAGUAUAACUUGUUCAUCAGGAUCGAACAGCGCUAGGCUGAUUUAGAAUAUUUACCAUACUGGUCGACUCCACAAGAUUGUUUCGAAGGACAUGUAGUAAUUCUCUCAGAUUUACCCUGUUUAACAAAUAAACCAAGG